AUGAGUAACGAGAGUGAGAAGAAGAAGUUGAAGUCCUUCGAGUUAGUGCUCCAGAAAGAACUCCUGGACCUGGAUCCAAUUGACGGCGUGGAGCUGCACCAAAUUGAUGAUCACAGUUUGAAAGAAAUUGCCAUAUCGGUAACCCCGAAGGAGAGUUACUUCAGGGGGAAGACGGUUAGCUUUGUCAUCCUCUUUAAGGACACCUACCCCAUCGCGCCACCCAAAAUAACAUGCCAGAGCAAGAUAUUCCACCCCAACAUUGACGAACGCGGGAACGUCUGCUUGAAUGUCCUAAAGCUCGAAUGGAACCCCAUCAUAAAUUUGCAAAUGCUGAUCCUGGGACUUCUGCUGCUGCUAAAUGUACAGUUACACCACGUGGAACCCUCGAUGGAGGACCCCUUCAACCACGCAGCCGCGAAGAUCUUCGCAAAGGAUAAAAAAAAAUUCCAAGAAAUAAACGAUUCGUUAUUUUUAAGAUGA